CUUCUCUCUUUCUGUCUGCAGAUGGUGGCUCAGGGUCAGUUCCGGGUGCUGAAGGUUCCUCUGGGCUUCAUUAAGGCCUUACAAUGGUUCUUCGCCAUCUUUGCCUUCUCAACCUGUGGCAGUUAUUCUGGGAUGUUCCGGAUGGCGGUGGAGUGUAAGAACCGGACAGAGAGCGACCUGGCUAUCGAGGUGGAGUUUGAGUAUCCGUUCAGACUCCACCAGGUGUACUUCGACGCCCCCACCUGUCAGGGGGGGAACACGGAGCGUCUCUUCCUGGUGGGCGACUACUCUUCCUCAGCAGAGUUCUUUGUCACCAUCGGCGUCUUCGCCUUCCUCUACUCCACCGCGGCUCUCAGCAUCUACGUCUUCUUCUUCGACAAGUACAAAGAGAACAACAAGGGCCCGCUGCUCGACCUGGCGGUGACCUCUGUGUUCUCCUUCAUGUGGUUGGUGAGUUCGGCUGCGUGGGCCAAAGGUCUGUCCGACGUGAAGACGGCCACCGACCCCGACGAAGUCAUCACUCUGAUCUCGGCCUGCGAGACCGAAGGGAACCGCUGCCGCGAAGUCCACGACCCGGUCAUGUCCGGACUCAACACCUCCGUGGCGUUCGGCUUCAUAAACCUGAUCCUCUGGGUCGGGAACCUGUGGUUCGUCUUUAAGGAGACGGGCAUCAUCGCUCCUUUCAUGAGAGCUCCGCCUCCUCAGGAGAAACCCGCCGCUCCGGACACUUACGGCCAGCAGGGGGCGUACGAACAAGACCCGUAUGCCGGCAACCAGGGAGGCUACCAACCCGAGUACAGCCAGCAGGGGUACAACCAGGAGGCAGAGAUCGGCCAGGGCUACGGCCAGCAGGGGGCGCCAACCUCCUUCUCCAAUCAGAUGUGAACAGACAGGAAGCAGGAAACACUGGAGUGAACCAAGAGUGGGUCGCCUGCAACCUACCCACAAUGCAACACUCCUGUCUGCAGAGUGAAUGGGGGGGGGGGGGGGGGGGGG